AUGUUCCUUUGCUCCAGCUCCAAGCCGCCUGUCGUCAGAGGUGCACGAGCUUGCACCGUGUGUCGUGCAGCAAAGAUGAAGUGCGUGGGCGCUGACGACGGUCAAAAACAAUGUCAGCGCUGUAAGCGCGCAAACGUCGAGUGUGUCUUCGAAAAACAUCGUCGAGGUCGCAAACCAGGUUCAAAACUUUCAGAGGCGUCAAAGAUGCUUCGUCGCCUAGAAAAGGGGUUAAGCAACGCCAAACUCAAGUCUCAUCCAGGUGACUCCUCACCGUACACCACAGCGGACACACAUGCGCCCGCAUCAGAGUCUUCUCACUUUCCUUCAAUGCGCCCUGGCGAGUACGGGCCCUCUGAUGGCUACGCUGCCUCGAGCAGUGGCUCACGCAGCAUUGAUAUCGACGUCGAUGAGGACGCCGAACGUGGCGAUGAGAGCAUGUUCCCUGCCAAACUGAUAAGGAAAGAAAAUCAGAGGAACUCUUUCUUCAGGACUAUUCUGAACCCCGAGCAUGAGUCUCCUUCUACUCUACUGUCGCAAACCUCUAGGAACGGUUUGGCGAACUCGCAGUCUCUGACUCCUGCACCUUUGCCCAGUGGUCUCCAAGAUCCUAUUUCUGCUGGUCUUAUCGACGAAACAAAAGCGAAAGUACUUUUUGAUGCCAUAUUUUUGCGCUUGAACCCGUUCAUCAACUUGUUCGACCCUGCUUUACAUUCAGUUGCCUACGUCCGUUCCAAGUGCCCGUUUUUGUUCACCACUCUUAUCAUGGCAGGGUGCAAGUUCUUUGAGCCAAGCCUCUAUAAAGAAUGUCUAAAACUUGCUCAUGACAUGGCCGUGCGAGCCUUUGCCGACGCUUGGAAACGUGUCGAAGUGGUCCAAGCCUUUGCCUGCCUUACAUACUGGAGAGAACAUGAUGAUAACAGAACAUGGACGUAUAUCGGAUAUGCAUGUCGCAUGGCAGUUGAGCUGGGGCUCAAUCGUUUCCAUGCGAAACCCCCUACGCAUGAAACUGAGUUUCAGAGGCGAGAACGCCGAAACCGCGAAAGAACCUAUCUCGUCCUUUUUGUGCACGAUAGGAGCUUGAGCAUGCAAACAGGUCGGCACUGGAUGCUGCCAGAGGAUGAUUUCAUCAGACAUUCAGCUGCAUGGCAUGAGGAAGGUGGUGCACCCAUACGUUGUGAAGAUGUCGUGGUCUCUGCCUUUGUGCAGCUCCGUCGUAUUGCUACCGAAACUACGGACAUGGUCUAUACGAACCGCAAUCUUUCCGACGGCUCCAGCACCGACGUCAAUGUUGAUAUAGUUCUAAAAAACUGUAAUGGCAAGCUGGCUCAGUGGAUGAUCACAUGGGAGAAUGAGAUGCAACGAGCUGGUGGAGAAUCAUUCCACUUCUCCUUCCUCCACUUUUUCCGUCAUUAUGUUCGGUUGUUUUUGAAUAGUUUUGGUGUCCAAGUUUCACUGGCUCCUAACAAUCGAACUGCCGCUCAGCUGCGUGCCUUGUCGGCAUGCUUCAACUCUGCGCUUGAUGUUCUUCGCAUAGCUUCGAAGGAAUUCAAAGCAUUAGGUGUUUUGCGUUAUGGACAAGACUCUACCACAGUUAUGACAGCAUAUUCGGCAAUUUUCUUGCUCAAGGUAAGUUAUGCCUUCCUACCUUAUUUCAAUCUAUAA